AUGUUAUUCAACAAAGUGUAUCUUCGUAGAAACAAUGGUAAAUUGAGACUUCGUUGGGAAAGCUAUCGUGCCUUCUCUGUCUUAAAAUGGAAAAAAUUGCAGAUUCCACUAAGCAAAAAUACCGAUAAGGACUUGACAAGUCAUCAUUUAUGUACAAUAGCACAUCUUGAUCAGCAACAUCAGCAACGACACGAAACAGUUGCUACGAAGAUUAAUGACGAAUUACGUUAUUCAAUCAUCGAUGCGAUUUAUUUGAGACCAGCUAUCUGGGAUCAUGGACGAGAACCGAAAUCACUAGGACAACGAAAGGAUUAUUUCAUUGAAAUUGCUGCAUUAUUAUCUACUGAGGACAACAUCCUUUCAUGCUACGAUAUUGAAAAACAGUGGAAGAAUUUGAAAGAUACGUACUUGAAAAUUCGGAAGAAAGUGGUAACGGAUGAAAGUGGUUGUAUCAUACCGCCAAGGUGGAAAUUUUUUUCGGCGAUGACGUUUUUGGAUCAACUGAACACGGUGCAUAAUAACAGUUUAAAUAAUCACCACAUUAAUAAUAACAGUAAUAUGGUUGAUAAUAAUAAUGAUAAUAAUAACAACGUGAUGCCUCAACAAUCAACGAAUGCAUCUUCGUCACCGAAUCAUUCGAACUCAAUACUUGGUAAACGAUCGUUUGAUCAUAAAAAUUUGGAAAAGUAUCAUAAUUAUAAAGACACAACAUCCAUAUUACCAUGCACGUCGUCAUUUGAUCCACAACAAAAAUGUAUUUCGUAUUUAUCAACCAGUAAACAAAAUAAUAAUGGCGCUAUUAUUGAUAAUAGUAAUCAGCCUGUCAAAUCGUUCUAUGAUCAAGACGAAUAUGUUGUCUUUUGUAAUUCACUCAUUUAUCCAUUACGGGAAAUCGGCAGUAUAAGUCGUGUUGAGUUAUUGAAAAUCGAGAAAGAAAUUCGUGAUAUAAUACAUGAAAAACAAAUGUUGCUUCUACAAGGACAUGAAUAA